GCAGCUCGAUCGAUCACUUGCACAUGCAAACCAAUCCAUUCGCUCCUCCCACACACUAACGAAGCAGCUAAGCGGGCUAGCGAGCGAUCGACAAUGGCCGGCGGUCGAGCUAGCGCCGUCCUCCUCCUCCUUCUCCUGGUAGUCGCCGUGGCCGGCGCGACGGCGACGGCGACGGCGGCAUCGUCGUCCUCAUCGUCGCCGCAGGUCGUGGGCACGGCGGCGGCGGACGACAUGGAGCACGUGAAGGGGAUGAUGGAGUGCAUGAUCGGGUGCUUCACGCAGGUGUUCAUGUGCGCCUUCGGGUGCAUGGCGAAGGGCCCCGACCUGCCGCUCUGCGUCGUCAGCUGCAACCAGAAGAGCGUCGUCUGCAUGUUGCGCUGCGCCAUCACGCCGCCGUCGCCGUCGCCGUCGCCGCCCGGCCCGCCGGCGCCCUCUCCCACGCCCAAGCCGUCUCCCCCCAAGCCGCCCAAGCCCUCGCCGCCGUCGCCGCCCGGCCCGCCCUACGCCGGCGGCCGCGCCACCGAGACCACCUUGGGCUAGACCUAGCUAGCUACGUACGCACCUCGCUCCUACCACAGUACGUGUGCCCUAGCGCCUACGUGUUAUAAGAAUCAAGAAAAAUCACCAUCUGCAAAAAAAAAAAAAUUGUCUCUCUGAUUAGUUUCCAUAUAAAUAUACAUUUAUUCAGUCAAAGCCGCGACUUAUUAACUGUUCAUCGUUUUAUCUUAGCCACCUGUUGCAAAUGAAAAAUGGGUCGUCACUUGUAUUGAGUGUGUGUAAUGUACGACCUGAGAAAUGUAUACUCAUUAAUGUAAUGUGUUCGUCGUGCUCUGAGAGUGAAAAUGUUACUUUAAUUUGUGCAA